AUGUUCCUGUGGGAGGAGCUGUUUUCCAACCUCAAGGAAGCCCUAAGGAAGGCAAAAGUGUCGAAGGGCGACAGGCGCACCGCGGCUGGGGCCAAUCAAGGUCACCAGUACACACCCGUCAUGAUUUCUGCCCUGCUGAAGGAUGCCAUAGCUGCUCUCGACGGUGAUGGCAAGGCCCGGCACCCCCCUGCAGGGGGCUUCACCGAUGUUGGUCGUCACACAGGCGGUAGUCAGAGGGACACAGCGUGGUCGCUCGCUCGCGAGGUUUUCAAGGCACAACAGACGCUUUGCCGGUACCGUCUCUCAGCUCAGGUUGGUUUGAUGCGCCGGGCGGGCGUUCACGCUUCCGACUCCGCGCAGGAUGUCGACGAGCAAAAGCUUGAGGUGCUGUUUACGUUGGUGAUGGCCGACCUCCACUUGUCUGUGCUCGAAAAUCGACUCCGUGCAUUGUCGGGGGUGGCGACGGACGUGAAUGAGGGCAUGGAGAUGCUGGGUUUCUGCGCUCAGUUGGCGAGAUUGCUCAUUGAAGACGGCCAUACCAUGCCAGGGUUUGUGAAACGGAUCGAGAAAGCCCGUGAGAGGCUGGAUGGUGUGCAAGCAGAACAGGUGGUUGCGGUCGCCACGCGCUUCCAGCUGGUCCCCGUGAACGAGUCACCUCCCACUUUCGAAGGCGGCGAACCGAGGCUUCCUAACAUCUGUCUUCCCUCCCCGCUGCGGCACCCUUCCACGGGCACGGGAGGUUUAGCUGAGGCAAAACUUCGCUCGUCCCAGAACCUCAAGAGCCUCCCUCGACUACAGGGGGGGGCGACGACGCUGACUCCCGAGAACUUGGAAUCUGUCUUUACCUGGGCCGCGCACGGGCAUAUGGCAAGAGGAGACUUACGAACGCAGUUGGUGCUGAGAGAGGUAGAGAGAUUGCUCUACAAGACUGCUGCGCAGCAGGAGGUUGAAGUCGCCGCAAAGACCUUCGGACACCAAGAUUUGAGCAAGCUCGACCGGCUGGUUGAUACUUACAGGUCGGCACUUGACACCUUCGUAGGUUCUCACGCUGAUGAUUGUGGCCGAAUGCUGGUCGAGCUGCGGAGCCGCGAGACUUUGGUCGUGUGGAUCGCGUACGUGGUGAGCUUCGCGGUCGCUCGCGCUCAGUGGCCUAGGACGAUGGAGGGAUUCGGAGUCAGCCUGUGCCCAGGUGAUCUAAAGCAUCUCGUGCUUUCCGACAAGCUGGCUGUCGAAGCCGGGCUUAAGUUCGCCGACUAUCUGCAUUAUCACACUCGCGCCGGGGGGGCGGUCUUUACCCUCGCCGACACCGGCAGUGCGACGUUCGCGCUAGCUGCCAAGGUGUGCAGAGAUUCCUCCACGUUUCUGCGGCAUUGGGAGGACGAGGUUGCGGCCGCCAACGAGCGGCGUGACGCGCACUGGGCCGAGGUAAAGUCGUUGCAAAAGAGACGCGCUGGGAUCCGUCAAAAUAUUCGACAGGCAGAGGAAAAACUUGUCGAUCAAAACGCACAGCUGGAGGCAGCUAAGGGAAGGAGGGACAGCAUGUCAAGACACAGAUCGCAUGGCUCAGACAGUGGCAGUGAUGGUAAAUGGGUCGAUCGUCUUCUGAGACACUGUUCGCACUGUUCGUUCACACGGUGCGAUGCAUGGGAGUGCGAUGCAUGGGAGAAGGCUAAGCGUUCCUGUGAGGCGACGGAGAGUGCCAUCGCGGCAGAGAAAAGCAUGCUUCAAAAGACAGCGCGAGUGACACCGGUGCAGCAGCCUCUACCGGAAGAUCAGACGGCUGCCUUCCAGAUGCUUCUUCCGCGAAAGUGGAACACUUCUCUGUCGGAGGCUGUGAAGAAGCAGCAGUGCUUGAAUUCCUGGUCAGCGUACUACAACACCUCCCAAUCGUCCGCGUACCACACCCCAGCAACCCCCGCAAUGAGGGCACAGGACGGGGACGUCAAGCUUGGCUAUAUCGGUGACGUCAUCGAGCCGGAGAAAAUGGUAGACAAUUGUGUGAAGCCCUCGGAUGGGGUUUGGCAUCCCGACACCCUCUCCCCCGGCCGAAUGCUGUGGCAUGGGGAGGGAUACACCGAGCAACUGUCGGAGCCAGAUCGUCAACGCCUGCAAUGGGCCUUGCGGCAACAUGGGGUUGGCCAAACAAGCCCCGAGCGUGGGAAUAUUGCGCUCGCGACCCAGGGGGACGCGCCGGAAUGGCUCAACAAACGACAAUACCUGGCGUUUGGCGGGGUGAGGGCAUACCCUUUGACCCAGUGCCGCCAGCUGAUGUUGGUCCUCCGAGACCGCACCCUGCCUCUUGACCAUCCUGCAGUACAGACUUUGGUGUCUCAAGCCCUGUUUCACGUUGGCGACUUGUCCACCAGUGUACCGUCGACAUUGUUGUGGCGGCACGAUCACGAGGAUGAGUUUACAGCGCUGUUCGACGAGCUAAAGGUGGGACAGAGAGACAAACGCUUUGGCUUUCUUCGGCUCUACGGUCUGACUUACAUUUCGCCAAUCUAUAACAACCUCUUCGCAUCACGGGUUUGUGCCGACGAGAUCGAGCACACACCCCGGGAGAUGAAAUUGCUCGUUGACAUGGCCGUCUAUGUCGGCGACGGGCAUGAUGGGUCCAAAUCCCUGGCCCGCUCGCUCUUGAUCCACAUCUCCCGGAAAUGGGCGAUCGACCUCGACCAUCAGCUACAGGACGCUGCAGCGAAGCACCCCCACGAGAACAGCAUCACGUCCCUGAAGGCAAAGCAAUGCGUGUGCUACAUGUACGGCGUGCUAUGCUUUGGCGGGAGCGCUCCGCUCUCCGCAACCGACACGGCCAAUCUAUGCGAGCUGCAUGUCCGAGCGCACAACCGCCGCGUGUUCGCAGAGGAAUGCGCGCGAGAGGAGGAAAGCUCGUCGCUGUGGAUUCGGUGUCUCGACUUGGUCGCUGGGCGGGUUCGUGAGAUCGUGCAAGAGGCUCGCAUCGACCCAGCCUUCAUCACGGCCGCCGUCCGACCCGUUCUUGAUGAAACUCCGGAGCAGCUUUCAUGGGCGCCAGUGGCUGAGGCGGAAGCCUGUUUCGAGGCCGUACAUGAAGGCCACCUCUUCAGCGUCAACCUACUGGCCGGUGUGGUUCUGUACGACGGUGCUCCUCCCGGCUUGCUGCCACUACACAUCGUGGACGAUGGCUACUAUCGGCGGGUGUUCGGCACGGCUAACUUUGAGGUCGCCAAGGCUUCAAACGGGGUAUUCAGAACCACGCGAGCAAUCAGCGGUCGCUUCUACGAGUUCUCACUAGCGGGUGGUGAUGUGGCCAUCGAGGAGAUCGACGAGUGCCGGGGAGAACGCCUGCAGCUCCUCCGGCAUGAUGGGGCUUGGGGAAAGGAGAUCCCUGUGCGGCUUCGAAGUAUGCACAGCCAAUGGCUUUGUCGGGAGCAACAGGCUGUGGUGAUUCGCUCGAAGAUCUUCAGGGAACGCGGCGUGGCCUUCAUCAUGCGGUGCAGCGACUCUGGCGGUUCUGUGUCGUGUUACCGUGUGCCGCCUCAUCUUGGUGCACGUGGGUGUAGGGAGCUGCUUAAGGGGAUUGAAGGCAAUGAGCUCGGUUCUAGAGGGCGGCUGGUGCUCUUCCAGAAGGCCAGCAAGCUGAUGUCAGUUCUGGCCAAGUUCAAGCCUCGGGCGACUGGUCCCAAUUCGUUGAUCCACGCGUAUCUCCAUCCGAGCGGAGGAUUGACGAUCGAGCUACCGCGAUUCGAACUCGAGUUUGAGGUUGACCCUCCUUCAGCCCGGCAGCAAGGAGAACAUGGGGGGAGCGGAAUCCGCUGCCUAAGCCACCGCGGUUACCAGCUGGCUUGUGCCCAACAGUUUCACGACACUCUCCCAGGUCUCACACGCUACCUUGUUCUCACCGGCCAAGAUGGAGAAACGAGGGUGCUCGUGCCACGUGGGACGCUACGUGUGACAGAGACUGCGCCCUCACGCGUGCAAGUCGAGUGCCUAGAGGAAGAUUGCGAGGCCGCCGAGCAGAAAGUCCUAAGCUACAGCGUGCACCGGCGAUGGAGGCAGCCGGAUGCUGGUGACAUGUCAGCCCGCCUCCAGCUGGCGUCAAUGUUCGCCGCGACCGGGACGUCGCUGCCUGACACCCGCGCUGGCAUGACCGGUGCUGAGAAAGCCUCGGAGCUCGUGCGCCAAUGCUUCGUCAACCACCCUCUACCGGAUGAUGACCAAGACCAACUGCUCAGAGUGUUGGAGUUAUCCGGAGAGAACCCGUCGCUGGCCCUUCUUUGUGGCGAUCUACUCGAGAGCAGCACAUGCCUAAGCUUCCUGCGCAGCGUAGCAUAUUCGUCGACAUUGCCUCGGGAAGCUACCACCGCUUUGGAGCACGCAGAGAUUGUCUACGAGUGGGAAUCUGGGCAUCUUCCGUGGAACCGCCGUCGGCGGCUGGGAGUCGCAGAAGAGGUACGAAUGUUAGGUAGACGAGUUCCGACAGAGCCGCAGAAGCGCUCGAUCGAGCACGGUUGUGCCAACCUCCCGUCUUGCCCGGUCAGCGCUCAGGAAGUGCAGGCGGCAGAGGCCGAUGUGUGGGAAAUGAAGGACUGCGGGGUGGAGGACGAACCCUUGGGGUCUUCUCGUGGCCGCUCGAACCAGGUCGUGCACUCCUACCCCCUCAGCGUACCUCAUGAGGCGGACACGUUGACGAAGGAAAUGCAUAACGAGCUUCGCAAGAGCUGGGAAGCCAACCGUUUGGUCCCGCCCCGCCCUCCGCCUCCAUCGCCGGCGACGCUAGAACGCCUUCACGAGGUGCUUCGCGCUCGACAGAUCAAGGUAUCUUCGAUGGAGCAGCUUGUCUCGAGCUUCGUGUUGCGUGCACUCAACACCUUCGGCACCGGCGGACAUGCGGUUGCGCGGCACAUGGAGCGCGUUGCCGGGCUUCUUCCGACGGCUAGCAUUGCCGACCUGCCUCCAAUCGUGUGGGAGAACGAACGCAUUCGGCAGUUCAACCCGUUCUUGACGGAGUCGGCGUCUUCGGAAUUGAUCGAUGCCGUGGUGGCGUGGCUCCGACUGUGCAUGCUUCAAGACAAGCUGGGGCGACUGGUGACGUGGUCGAGCACCUCGGAAUCCCACGCGCUCAUGCAGCAGGAGCUUCUGGUAAAGCGAACUUGGGAUCCUGCGGAACAACCGAUGUGGCUGGCCUUCGAAGCCGAUUCCGGGCUGCAGGUCCGGCCAGCCCAGGCCGAGGUAGCCCUUCACAUGAUCGCCAACCCUGGCGACAUCGUACAGUUGAACAUGGGCGAAGGAAAGACAAGGGUGAUCCUUCCCCUCUUGCUUCUGCACUGGGCAACGCCGUCCGACGACGCGGCGGUGGUUCGCUUGCACUUUUUGAGCGCGCUGAUCGCAGAAGCUUACGAGUUUUUGCACCAUGCGCUCACGGGGAGUCUGCUCGGGCGUCGGUUGUUCCUGAUGCCGUUCGACCGCGACGUCCAGCUUACGCUGGAGGGUGCCCACGCUAUGCACGGCACUCUCGACCGCUGCCGUCGCGAGGGCGGGGCUGUUCUUGUGACACCCGAGCACAGGCAGUCGCCCUACUUGAAGGGGCUCGAGCUUCGAGACGUGAAACCGGAGGUGAGCGCCGAGAUAAGGAGGGUGGAGGCCAUGUCGUUCAGGGACGUUUUCGACGAGAGUGACGAGCUUCUGCACCACCGCAAGCAGCUGAUCUACGCUGUCGGCGACCUUCAGAAGCUUCCGGGCCACGCGGAACGGGCUCACGCUGCGCAGGCACUACUGAGGGUUUUGAAGCACCGCCAAAGGUUCCCAAAGCUUCAUGCUGUGCUGUCCGAUCGUAAUGUUGCGGUGGAAGAGAUGAGCCGUCGGCCAGAGCAGUUCGACCAGCUACGCCUUGUACCUGGCCAGGCCUUGGACGGUGCUGAGCCGACGCUGCGCCGGGAGCUCUUCAACGCGGUCUUGAGCGACCCGCCGUACGAGAUGAGGUGGCUCACUGCCAUCGACAGCGCCUUGCGCGCGCAGGUGGUGACCCUGGUACUCGAUGAAGAGACGAGCGCGGAACAAGCCUUGGGGAAAGGUUUGCUCGCCGAAGAGUUCCACUGGGAGCAGCUGAUGGCCCUGCGAGGGCUUCUCGCCCAGGGAACGCUACUCCAUUGCUUGCAGAUGCGGCCGCGAGUAAACUACGGAGUGUCUCGCGUGGUUGGGGCCAAAAAGAGGCUGGCCGUUCCGUUUCGCGCUAGCAACACGCCGGCCGACCGCGGUGAGUUCAAGGAACCAAUGCUGGCAAAUCACGUUGACGGUGCUGCGCUGACAACGUUGGUGGGAGGGCAGGUGGCGGAAAGCGCGCAAGCCGACUACUACAAGGCCUGGCUAGCUGAAACGAGACCCAGCGAUGAGGACCUGGCGAAGAUGGAUGACGUGCGCAAGGUCGAUCUCACCAAUGAGUCUCAGAUGGAGCUGUUGUACCAACACUUCCGAUGCAACUUCGAGGUGGUCAACUUCUGGCUGAACUUCAAUGUUCUUCCUAGCGAGACGAAGCUCUGCCCGGCCUACAUCGGCACCAACUCCUGGUUCCUCGCCGACAACCCAGACGGCGCGGUAUCAGGGUUCUCGGGCACUAACGACAACCACAGGCUUCUGCCGCUGCAGGUUCAUAAGAACCCCGACGGUUCUCUGCCUUCCCUUGCCGGCACCAACGGGAAAAUGCUUGACAUCAUACUUCUGAACAAGCGCUACAUCACACUCGAGGGGUCGGGCGAACUGAGGGGCGGUGGGGGUGGUGAGGCAUGGAGGAGGCUUCUUCGCCUCGCGGUGGAAGAAGAAGCCCACGUGCUUCUGGACUGCGGCGCCCUCCUGGGGAGGGUUUCGAGCAAGGAAGCGGCCAGGUUUCUGUUGUCUGCGGAAGGGAAACUCCCCGAAACGUUUCGCGGGGUCGUAUUCUUCGACGCGAGCCGGGGCACCGCCGCCGUUGGUGGGGAUUGGAUGGUGCUCGACCGGGUAGGGCGCUCUGUGGCACUCAGCGGAUCCCCCGUUCGAGCCUCCGAGGCGUUCGCCAUCUACGAUGAGGCCCGGUGCCGGGGAGCCGACCUGAAGCUGUCUCCCGAUGCCACGGCCCUCCUGACGAUCGGGCCCAAGAAUGGCAAGGACAAGGUCAUGCAGGCCGCCGGCCGACUUCGGCUUUUAGGACGAAGCAAUCAGUCCAUCGUGUUCGUCGGCACGCCGGAUGUUUCCACCAAGAUCGAGGAAGUCACGGGGAUCUCGGACUCCGACUUAAUCUCUUCGCAGGAUGUGCUGGCGUACGUCAUGGCCAACACUGUGCUCGCAACGAAAUCUGGUAUUCUGCCGUGGGCUGGUCAAGGCCUGCACUUCUCAGAAACGUUCAGGAGGGCCGACCGCGUCGAGCAGCAAGAGGUGAUUACCCUCGACGCCGCCUACGGAGGGGCAUACUCGCGGAUCUCAGUCCACAGCGCGGUAUCCGCGGCCGUGAGCAAACACAACGCCCGUUUCCGAGGCGAUGUGCACAUGCCCGAGCUGGCGAAGGAGAUUGGGUCGAGGACCGAGCGGUAUGGCAAGACCGUGUUUGUUUCCAGAGAUGAAGCGAUCGGAGGCGAGUGCCAACGGGAGAUAGAGCUCGAGCAAGAGGAGGAGGGCGAAGUGGAGCGGCAGAAAGCAAGGGUGGAACCCCGCCAGGAAGUGGAUUGGGACUACGCUGCAGUCCUGUCAGGGCGCUGCCUGCCGACCCGGAUUGUCGAGAUUGCAGAGGCAGUGCCUUUAGCCCGAGCUUGGAACCGGCUAGCCAAGGAAGCCCAGAUCUCAUCCGUGGGCUCGUCGGCGAAAACGGUGUUCUGCACGCGGAACUUCUUGUUCGGGACUGCGAACUUCGCGACAAUGUCGUCGAUUGACACCUACUUGCGCCCGGUGGAUUCGGCGCUAGUUUUCACGAACGGAGACAUGAUGGUGCUUUCGGAGCGUGAGACUAACGGGGUGCUGCUGGCGCUUGCGACGUCUCACGGGCAAGGUGACACAGCCAGGCCGACGGGGAAGGUGGUGCACCUCUCGUACGCCGGAGUCGAGGAAGGAGAGCCCCGCAUCAAUACGAACCCCCUCAUGCGUGAUGCCGUUCUCCAUACGCGAAAGGGGCACGAGGCGCUGAGCUGCGCGACGCUGGCGAGGAUUUGGGUGUUCGGUGGAAUCACGACCAUCCCGGUUGAAGGCCGGGAGGCUAUGAGGGGCCUGGUCAAGGGGAAACGGCUUGCGGUGAGGCACAUCGUGGCUGCUCGUGACCACAUGCACAUGCUACCCCGGUCCGAUCUCGAGCGUCUUCUGGCGUAA